UGUUGUAGUAUGGCAAUGUUCUGGAAAUUGGAAGUUUACGUUUUGUUUACACCGUCACACUGAAAUGUCUCUUCGUUGAAAAUAUCUGAAGUUUAUAGUGUGACGUAAACUUUACUAUUCAAUAAUGGCCUCAUCACGAUCCUCUGUUAUUCAGUUUAAUGAUGAUGCUGAUGAUACACAUUCGGAGUUGCAGUUUCAAGAUUUUACUCUUGGUCAGAGCAGCCCUGGUGUUGCCACAAUGGCACCGUCUGGAUCUUAUUCCAACUUUUCAGACAAUGCUGACUCUACUGCAGCAGAAAAUGAAGAUCUUCUAGGUUCAGAACCAAAGGAAGGGGUUGCAUUCUGGAAGUUCAGCUACUACCAGAGUUUCUUCGACAUCGACACUGAUCAGGUGAUGGGACGGAUGCUGUACUCCAUGGUCCCUCUACCUGGCAGAGCCACUUUCCUGGACAGGAUGAUAAGACCCAAACCAGACAUGUAUGGCCCAUUUUGGAUCUGUACGACCCUGGUGUUCAGUAUGGCAAUUGGUGCAAAUAUCUCCAAUUAUUUGAUGACAGAAGGAGCAAGUGCUAAAUCAUGGACCUAUGACUUUCAUAAAGUAUCUCUUGCAGCAACAGCUAUAUAUUCAUAUGUGUUCCUCCUUCCUGUCAUAUUGUGGGGAUUGAUGUGGUAUCGACAAAGUUCCAAUCGGUACACAUUGCUAGAAAUCCUGUGCGUCUAUGGAUAUUCUCUUGCUAUUUAUGUUCCCAUAUCAGUUUUGUGGGUCAUUCAGGUAGCUUGGUUUCAGUGGGUCCUAGUCAUAGUUGGAGCUGCUCUUUCAGGAGCAGUUCUUCUACAAACAUUUUGGCCUAUUUUUAAAGAUGACAACAAAAAGCUUGCUGCAAUUGUGCUAUGUUUGAUGUUUCUUUUCCAUACACUUUUGGCUGUUGGAUUUGUAACAUAUUUCUUCCAUCCAUCCAAUGAACAUUCACUGAAAGUUGCUACAGGUUCACCCACAGUGGUGACGGCGGUGACGGAAAAAUCCAUGAGCAAACUGACUCGUAGCAUCGAGAACACUGAGGCUCACUAUGUUCAAAAAGAUUCUGUGAUCCAGAAUGGAAGCCAAAGCCUACAGUCCUUGAACUUGGUGAAAGCUAAUUAUCCUGUGAAUGAUGCGAUGAAAGAAUCAACUUUACAUUUCACAGAAGAUCAUGUUUCACGGAAUUUGACUUUGGACAAAAAUGUUAGGAAGGUGUAGAAAGUGUUAAAUUAUAAAUUUUUUAUUGAACUAUGUUGAAUCAGUACAUUUUCUGUAAGAUAAUGCAAUAAAAAUUAUUUCACGUUAAAUUUUG